UGUGGGGACAAAAGUAAAAUUAUUCUAAGUUAGCAAUAUUACUGUAUUCAGCAAAAAACAAGCUGCACUGUGCCAAGGUGGAAACAUGAACAUGAUGACCAAAAGCUUCAGCACGGACAACUGGCUUUCAAGAGACUUACAGCAGGAGAUUGAGAGUGAGAAGGGUGAGAGAGUUCGGGUAAGAGAGAGAAUGAGUUGGCGGGGCCUGGGCAAGAGAGGAUGGGAGGGAGAGUUGGGGGAAUGGGGCGGGAGGAGAGGGCUAGGAGGAUGGGAAUGUCAGUGGGUUGGGGGGGGGAAUGGUGAUGGCUAAGGAGGGGCUGACAGAAGAGGGAGAAGGAUGGGAGGUGGGGGAAGAGAUCAGGUGAGAGGAUGGAGGACGGGGAGGGGUCAGGACAGGGCAGAUGCAGUUAAAAGGGCAGAGGGAGGGAGGAGUUGGGGAUUGAGGGAUCGGUGGCUAGAGGAGAUGGAGAGAGAGAAGGGGCAGGGGAGAGGGGAUGGGAGGGAAAGAGUGAGGGAGGGGGCAGAAGGAGCAGGGAUGUGAGGAUGUGGUUUAAAAGGGGUGGGGGUAAGAGGGUGCGAGUGGAAGAGGGAUGGUAGUGAGAGGUUGUGUGUAAGAGACAAGGAGGGGUGGGUGGAGGCAAGGAUGAGAGGAGGGAAAGAGUGGGGAAGAGAAUAGGUGGGUGGGACUAGAAGAUGGUAGAGUGGACAGGGAGGGAAUGGAGUGGGUGCAGAGGGGUAAAAGCUAGUGACUGGGAGAGACUGGAAGGGGUAGGAAGAGGGGGAAGAAGGUGGGGAGGUAGAAUGGGGAGACACGGGGCGAAGCUGGGGGAGAAAAGAUGGGGAGAGAGAAUGUGGAGGGAGAGGAGGAGGAGCAAGAGAAUGGGUGAGAAAAGGUGGGGGGGAGAGAAACAUAGAAAACCCUUAGCACAAUACAGGCCCUUCGUCCCACAAAGCUGUGCUGAACAUGUAUCAACCUUAGAAAUUAUCUAGGGUUACCUAUAGCCCUCUAUUUUUCUGAGCUCCAUGUAUCCAGGAGUCUCUUAAAAUACCUUAUUGUAUCUGCUUCCAACACUGUCGCCAGCAGCCCAUUCCACGCACUCACCACUCUCUGUGUAAAAAACUUAUCCCUGACAUCUCUUCAGUAUCUACUUCCAAGCACCUCAAAACUGUGCCCUCUCAUGCUAGCCAUUUCAGCCCUGGGGAGAAGCCUCUGACUAUCCACACGACCAAUGCCUCUCAUCAUCCUAUACACCUUUAUCAGGUCACCUCUCAUCCUCUGUCGCUCCAAGGAUAAAAGGCUGAGUUCACUCAACCUAUUCUCAUGAGGCAUGCUCCCUAAUCCAGGCAAUAUCCUUGUAAAUCUCCUCUGCACCCUUUCUAUGGCUUUCACAUCCUUUCUGUAGUGAGGCGACCAGAACUGAGCACAGUACUCCAAGUGGGGUUUGACCAGGGUCCUACAUAGCUGCAACAUCCAGGUCAUUUAUAAAGAUCACGAAGAGUAGGGGUCCCAGAACAGAUCCCUGAGGCACACCAACCUCCACUCAGAAUAUGACCCGUCUACAACCACUCUUUGCCUUCUGUGGGCAAGCCAGUUCUGGAUCCACAAAGCAAUGUCCCCUUGGAUCCCAUGCCUCCUUACUUUCUCAAUAAGCCUUGCAUGGGGUACCUUAUCAAAUGUCUUGCUGAAAUCCAUAUACACUACAUCUACUGCUCUACCUUCAUCAAUGUGCUUAGUCACAUCCUCAAAAAAAUUCAUCAGGCUCGUAAGGCACGACCUGCCUUUGACAAAUCCAUGCUGACUAUUCCUAAUCAUAUUAUGCCUCUCCAAAUGUUCAUAAAUCCUGCCUCUUGGGAUCUUCUCCAUCAACUUACCAACCACUGAAAUAAGACUCACUGGUCUAGCCCAUUAUUAUUACACCUUUCCAGAAUCUAUCUCCCUAUCUGCUCCUCAAUGUCCCUGUUACUAUUGGGUGAUCUAUAAAAAACACCCAGUAGUUAUUAACCCCUUCCUGUUCCUAACCUCCACCCACAGAGACUCUGUAGACAAUCCCUCCAAGAUUUCCUCCUUUUCUGCAGCUGUGACACUAUCUCUGAUCAGCAGUGCCAUGCGCCCCCCCCCCCCAUCCUUUCUGAAACAUCUAAAGCCUGGCAUUCAAAGUAACCAUUCCUACCCCUGCACCAUCCAAGUCUCUGUAAUGGCCACAACAUCAUAUCUCCAAGUACUGAUCACGCUAUAAGCUCAUCCACUUUGUUCACAAUACUCCUUGCAUUAAAAUAGACACAUUUCAAACCAUCGGUCUGAGCGCGUCCCUUCUCUAUCACCUGCCCAACAAGGUGGAGGAGGGAGUAGCUGGAGGGGGUGAGAAAAGGUGGUAGGUAGAGUAGGUAGGUGGAGAGAAGUUGAAGGAUAGAAUUUUUGGGGGAGUGAAUAUGGGCAGGAGGGAAUGUGGGGGGAAGGAACAUCUGGUGGGUGAGGGAAUGUGGAGGAGAGAACGUGGGGGGAGAGAACGUAGAGGGAGAAUGUAGAGAGAGAACAUGGAGGGAUAAAGUGGGGGAGAGAAUGUGGGGGGGAGAACCUGGGGGAGAGAACUAGGAGGGGGCAGAAAGUGGAGAGGUGGGGGAUAGAAGUUGGAGGGGGGAGAAGAUGGAGGGGAGAAGUUGGAAGGAGAGUAGGUGGAGGGGUAAAAGGUGGAGGAGGAGAAGAUGAUGGGGAUUAAUUUGGAGGGAGGUGUAGUUGGAGGAGGUGAAAGUGGAGGGGUUGAAGAAGGGGGUGAGCAGUGGGGUUAAUGCUGGAGUGGCAGAAGGUUGGGGAGGUGAUGGGGCCAAAGAGGGGGAGAAAAGUGGAGGAGGAGAGAAGGCAGGGGAGACAAGCUGGGGGAGGUUCAGAGGAGAGUUGAGUGAGAGGAGGUGGGGAGAAGUUGAGGAGAGAAAAUGGGGAAAGGAGGAGGGGAGAGAAGGGGAGAGAAGGAGGGGAGAAGGUGGGGUAGUUUGGGGAAGAAAAGGUGGAGGGCAAGAACAUGGGGAGAAUGUGGGGCAAGGAAGUGAUGAGCAGGAGGUGGAGGGGAACAAGGCAUAGGAGGGAGAAUGUGGUGGGGUUGUAUUUGGAGGGGGUUGAAUUUGGAGGGGGUGAAGGUGUAGGGGAGAAUUUGUGGGAGGCAAAGUUGGAGGAGUGAAAAAGUGGAGGGGAGAAGGUGGGAACAGAAGGGAGAGAAGGAGAGGAAAGGUGGAGGGAUGAGUGAAGGUGGGUAAGACAAGUUGGGAAGAGAAGGCAGAGGGGUAGAAGUGGGAGAAGUUAGAGAAGAGGAGAAUUUGGUGGGUGGGAGAAUUUGGAGAAGGAAUAUUUGGAGGUGGGAGAAUUUUUGAGGGGGGAUAAGUUGGAGGGAUGAGAAUUUGGAAGAGGAGAUUUUGGAGGGGGAAAUUUUUGGGGGAGAUUUUGGGGGCCGAGUAUUUGGGUGGGGAGCAUUUGGAGGAUCUGAAAGUGAUGAAAAGAAGGUGGGGAGGGAAGAUGGGGAAAGAAGGUGGGGUGAGUAAAGGUGGAGGGUGUGAAAGUGGUGAGGGGAGAAAGCGGGGUGACAAAAUGUGGGUUGGGCUGAAGGUAAGGUCAGGGACCGAGAAGCUGGAUUGUUGUUCACACCAGCCAGGUUUGCACUGAUCGUUGCCGGUGACAAAGUUGAGUUGAAUUGUGUCCGAAGCAGGAAAAUUGAUGUAGCCUGUUGCUUAGAGGCCCUUCGAUACAACAACUAGGAACGAUCUUUGUCACUACUAGAUUCAGCUGUACUUUCACAAGCUACAAUGAUAGUGAUCAUUAUAGCCAAGAGUCCUGUUCACAUCUAAUCUGCUGAAUCAUGUGGUUACAGUUUUAACACUUAAUAGCUAAAUGGAAAGAAUUAAAAGCAGAUCUCUUUGCUCACACCAGUCUCAUACUUCUUUUUCUGUUUUUGCACAAGUGCAAUGUGGUGAAUUUAAUGUCUGCUAGACACAUAUUCAGUAGCUUGGAUUCAAGAUUGCAAUUUACAGUUACCCAACUCCUGGAUACUCUGAGUCACACUGCCACCACACUUCUGCAAUAAUCAGCAGCUCCUCAGCGUUCAUUUCCUUUCCUUCAGUGUACAGCCGUGCCUUGGCAAGUCAUAGUCACUUCAACUACAAACCUUUAUCUGCUGUUAAAGAAAUGGCCUCUGCUUCCGAAAGAUAUAUAAAGCAUAAAAGAGGUGAGAGUGGAUAUUGAACUGCUGGAAAAUGAUACAGAGAGAUAGAAAUGAGAGACAAAGAAACUUAGUAAGUACUUUGCAUCAUUCACCGUGGAAGACAUUAGCAAAAUGCCAAGAAUUCAAGAGUCUCAAGUUGAAGGGACUGCAGUUAAUAUUACUAAGGAGAAGGUGCUUGGGAAACUGAAAGAUCUGAAGCUGGAUAAAUCACUUGGACCUGAGGGACUACACCCCAGGGUUCUGAAAGAUGAAGUAAUAAUAAGAAGAUUUGAAAAGAAAGACAAAGCUACGAUCUGCUCUAUUGAAGUAAAUCCUGUUUCAUGAGGAGUGCAUGAGGAUGAGCCAAGAGCUGUAACAAGCAUAUCUAAAAACUCAGUGCUAACCAGAUACAACACGGAACAGGCUCUUUCGGCCCAACAUACCACACCACCCAGCAACCCAUCUUUUUAACUCUCGCCUAAUCACAGGGCAAUUUAUAAUGACCAACUAACCUACUAACCAGUAGGCACUUGGACUGUGGGAGGAAACUGGAGCACCUGGAAGAAACCCACACACAAACGGGAAGAACAUACAAACCUUCUGAAUACAAACACCAGAAUUCAACUCCUAAGCUCCGAGCUGUAAUUAACUAACCGCUACACUACCAUGGUGCCCCACUAAUGUUCUAUGUUGUAUCUAUUUCAAUGCAAGGAGUAUUGUAGGUAAGGCAGAUGAGCAUAGAGCUUGGAUCAGCACUUUGUAUAGUAGCCAUUAGUGAGACUUGAUUGCAGGAAAGCCAAAUUAGGUUAGAAGAUCAGUGAAACAUUGCAGGCUGUAGGUCUGAAUUCUGCUGUACUGUUCUAUGUUAAUCAUAUUACUUUAAAUUUACUGAAUACAAUGAUAAAAUACCACCUGUUAUGAAAUGCUGCUGACAUCUAAAGAAAUCCUAUCGAUACAUCCAUUUCAUUAUUCCUUCUGUACGCAUUCAGGUGAUUUUCCUUACAACCAAUAUACGUGAUAUAACCCGAAUUAACAUCAAGUGUUCUGCAAUGGAAGGGAAGGGUAAUAGGAAAGAAGCUCACCUCGAAGGAAAAUACAACUAUGCAGAAAACUACUUACAAAAGGGCAAGAAUUGCAAAGCACCUGUGAUCACAAUUAAUGUUGGUGGGUUUCUCUACACAACGCAGAGACAUACAUUAACUAAGCAUGUUGAUUCCUUGCUGGAAGCUUUGAUAAAUGGCAAAACUCAGAGCAGUUUUGACGGCGAUGGGAACUACUUCAUUGACCGCGAUGGCUUGCUGUUCAGGCAUGUCCUUAAUUUCCUACGAAAUGGUGAGCUUCUCUUACCGGAAGGAUUUCAAGAGAUUCAACUUUUAACACAGGAGGCAGAAUUCUAUCAGAUAAAACCCCUAAUAGAGGCUCUGAAAAUCAAGUCAGCUCAUGUGCAACAGGCGCCAGAGGUCACAUUCCUAGAAAUAAUCGACAGCCACGAUCGUUCUCAUGGCCUCAAAAUCUACUGCAAUUCUGCAGAUUUCAUUGCAAGGAUUAAGUCGCGCAUAAUUCAAGUGUCCAAAAGCCGUCUAGAUGGAUUUCCUGAAGAAUUUGUGGUCUCAUCACAUGUCAUCCAGUUUAAGUUCUUCAUCAAAUCUGAAAGUGGGGCACGUCUGGUUCUCAAGGAAGACAACACAUUUGUUUGCACGCUGGAGACCCUAAAGUUUGAGGCCAUCAUGAUGGCUUUAAAGAAUGACUUCAAGUUGCUGACCAGUUUGGAUAGCUCUAAGGGAUCUAUUGUUCAAAGUGAUGCACUUCAUUUUCUGAAGUCAAUCCGGUUUCAGAAGAAAUACACGUCAUAAUCAGAGAUGCUUAGGAAAAAUAAUGGCAUCGUUUCAGCGCAGUCACGGUUUUCUUCAAAUUAGAUGCCUCAGAUUGAAGAUACUCAUCUCCUUGAAUUAAAAUCACUGCGAAAUCAGCUAUUCUUACCCUGCAACAAAUCUUUUUCUGAAUUAAAUAUCUAUGGUGUUUUAGAACUUGAAGUCACAGAGAGAGCAAUGAAGAAUGAUCCCCUGUGAGCUUCCAAUAUCUGCAAUACCUCUGUGGGGAAGCAGCUACACAGGCCUAUCAUUCAUCAGAGACGAUAAAUUAUAACAAGCCACUCUUUGAUAUGUUUAACAGCUUCACUGAUGACCAUCACUGUUUCCAGCAUUGUAUUGUAACUGAGACUAUAACAGAAGGAAACGAAAAGCACAGAUGGAUAUCACAUUAGAAAUAAAAAUAACAUUUUACAUCCAAAGUAUCUCUUGUAACUUCCUGGUAUGAUAAUAUAAUGAAUGACGACCUACAAUUAUGAAUAUAUAACAGUAAUUGCAAAUAUCAAACAAUAUUGUUAAAUACAAAUGAAAUAAGUAUUUAAGGAAUGUAAUUAUGCAUGGAAUGUGUUUCACAUAUAUCACGUUACGAAUAAAAAUUAACCAUUGAGAAAACUAUUUUGUUUGAACACUGUAUGUUGAAGUUGUAGAAGACUUUGGUGAGGCCUAAUUUGUUGUGUUGUGUGCAGUUUGAUCUAGCUACAAG